AUGAGCUCUUCCACGCCUUCCACUUAUGUCCCUUCCGUGGCCAAUGUCCGCUACUCAGUCGGCACCGACUCCGAUCAGUUUGGCUCCGUCUACAGAAUUUCUUCCACUAAGUACCUGCAAACCCUGCAUAUCCUUCUGUACCAACGGGAAACCCGCGCUUCUCGUAUUUUCUAUUUCGGCGACUUCUUGGGUUGCCCAGCCUGUCAGAACAGCAAGGAACCAGUUUAUUUGUGCAAUCAGACUGACCUAGAAACCGCUGCAGAGAUCAGUUCUUUCAUCGACUGGGCCCCAUAUCACCGUAGCUUUUAUAGGGGUGAACGAUCUUCAAGCUACAGUUGCUCACCAUCUGUGAGUCAUAUAUCUACACUAUUCCGUGUAAAUGAUGUUGUUACAAAUGCAUACGAACUGUUCCCCGACUGCGGCAACUAUGUGCUUUGUGAAAUUGAUUGUGCACAUCCAACCAAUGGCCAUCGAUCAGUUGUUGAGGGGGUGGAAGUUACCGCUGAGACGGAAGAAGAAUGGGAAGAAGCGGAGGAGGACAGUUAUGUAAAACACACAAGCUUGAGCGCAGGUAGAACAGCAUCGGAAGACUCGUUUGAUUACCUCUACACCAGGCCGCAGGAUGGCAAUAAUGAAUCAGUUAUCCACUGCUACAGCUGCAGUCGGUACUAUCGUCAAGCAGUUGAAGCCAUGCAGGCUCUCUUACCAAGAAAGUGGGUCUUCUUUCAAACGAGGUGGCCACCGGUCCUAGCGCCGCAGCAAGUUAUAGACUUGGAGGCGAAUUACCCAGCUCGAAUUCCUUCCUGGAGAGGUUCAACACCCAGACUCGUUAAGGAUGUCAUAAUUUUCUGUCGCCAACAUCCCACGUCGGAUUGUUUGCUACUGCUGGAUACGUUAGCCCUCUCGCCCUGGUCGCCCGUGCUUAAUGCGCUCUGCCCCCUCACAGUCGCCCCCUCUCCCUCUUCAUCCCACCGUCUUUCCGCUACAACAACGUGCAGGCAACGCUGGAUCAGCUUGCUUUGGCUCACUGCGGCGGAUACUUCCUGCAAUGGAUUCACCUGGCCGCAGCACCUCUUUGGAUCCCAAGGCAGCCAUUGGGUACACACAGUUGCCAGCUUAGCCUUGCUCUCCAACUGGCUGGCCUGGUUCUCGCGUAUGGAGAUUGCCGCGGUGUUGGGGCAGUCGAGGAAAUCGAUUUGCAUCGUUUGUGAGGGCGUGGCUACUGCCUGUCUUCAUCCAGCCAGUUGGGGUUGUGGUCAGGCGCCCCUUUUCGAUGUUUGGCCCCUGUGGCUUGUCCGUCUCAUGCUUCGGUCGUCAUGUGGUCUUUUUGCCCGCCUCCGUGCCCCCGCUGAAACCAAAACUCGGUGCUACUUCCCACUCUCAGACACGGACGAGAUUUGA